AUGUCGAUUCUCCGCUGCGGCGAUAGUAGCGGCAUCGUUAAAGGUUGUAUCAUCGGUUUGGGUCGUACCCGACACGGUACUGGCAAGAUUGGCGACCGCAUAAAAGUGUCGAUACGCGACAAAACGGCGGAGUGCACGUUGGCCAACAAGACCCCCCGUGGCAUUAUAAUUCGCCGUAAGAAGGAGACCGUACGCCGUGACGGCAUGAUGUUCAAGUUCGACGAGAACUCAUUCGUUGUAAUCGCCAAUAACAAGUUGGUUGCAUCCAAGAUACGUGGACCAGUGCUGCUAGAGACGCGGCACGCAUGUCGCAACCUGGCCAGCCGAAUAUUUUAA